ACGCGAUACAUUAACUGAUCCGACAUGUAUCACUGCUGAAAGGGCAUUUGCGCAUAUACAUGCUAAUUGCUUCCUCUUGGUACCACUAUUACCACUUUAUCAAGCCUCAUUGAAUCAGAAAAUUCAAUUAACGACGCGUAUAAGUCGGCCAGAUUAA